GAGGUGUUGUCGUAUCAGAUUAUCCGAGUCCUGUGCUCGUAUUUCCACUGUUCAAACACUUUGAAUCGUGUCUAGUUCGGGCAGUCUCGAGAACUUAUCGGCGAUGGUUAUUCGACGGCCACAGCUUCUCAUGAUAUCGAUCAUGCUUUCCAAUCUCACACCUUUCGCGGUUGGCUAUUUAUCGAGGAGUUAUGGCACGCAGUUCUCCACUUUUAUGAAUAACUCGACAUCGACCGCUGCCAAUCCAAUUUUUCACUGUCUCAAAGUCUUACAUCCCCACUCAGACACCCGAGCCCACGCACUCAUCCUCAAUCGCUGGAAUAUCUCCAAUCUCGUGGCCAACAAUCCCCGCUUCCCGCGAUAGCCGAAAUUAUACACAGAGCAGGGCUGAGGCUAUCGUGUACCGCGACCGCCAUCGUCUCAUCCCCGUUCCAAGACUUCAUACGUUUCGCGUGGUACCUCGGCCCGCCGCGAUGUUCAUGAAAUAUACGAGAUAGCUAUGUUGGCAUUGGCAUUGGCCAUGGCAAUGAUAGAUUUAGCUAAUCUUCAGUAGACCCUGCGCAUCGAUCGUACUCGUACCGUCGAUUGAGAUUGGGUGUACGAUGCACGUGUGGCAAUCUGUCGAGGACUCGGGUCACGGCUGUGGUUACAUUUACAUGACGACGACGACUGACACGUACACUC